AUGGCGUCUUCACAGUACACUGAGAGACGGAUGGGUAGUUUGGCUGCGGAGAGCACCACUGAACCACCCUCUUCCUUUCCCACAGCCUGGCAUCCCUCCCACCAUCCCCUUCCUUCCGACGGCACAAACUCCACACUGCGAAGAUUCUCUGAAGAGGGCAAACACACCUACCUGAAGCUUCGCGAACAGAACACAUACCAUGAGAACGCUAUUCUCGACACGUUCCUAAUGAAUUUACAGAACCCCAACUCUCGGAGUUCACCGCCCAUCCAGCCCAACGAGCGUGGAUAUGCCGACAAACUUCCUUCUUUCUCAGAGUUUCUCGACACAACGCGCGCGGAUCACACGCCACCGCAUACACCAUCACGAAGACAAGGCUCACAUGAUGAAUCUCCGGGUGGUGCGAGGCUUCAAUUCGAUGACAUCCUAUGGCAAGACAAAGGCCAUCGUCGGAUUGACACCCUCGGCGACAUCUACGCACAAACCGGCCGUGCGAACGGCUCGGACGCGCAUCCUCAGGACCACAGGCGCAUGAGCAGCGUCGCUGAUCCCACACUUACAAGGCGCUACGAAAAUGGCUACGGAGAGGUCCGCUUCCAGCAGCAUGUUGGUGCGGACCCCAACAAUUUCAACAGGAAACGACGUGGAAACCUCCCCAAAGAGUCAACCAACAUGCUCAAGCAAUGGUUUUCGCAGCAUAGGUCACAACCGUACCCUACAGAAGAUCAAAAAAUCGAGCUGUGCAACAUUACGGGCUUGACGAUGAACCAGUGUUUGACAACGAAGACUACAUGUGCCAGUGUCACCUCUGCUCUGGAUCGCUGUUGCUGUCUGUCGUCAAUCGGUGUCAACUAUUGUCACAUGUACAUUGCUAACAAUCAAAAGGUCUCGAACUGGUUCAUCAAUGCCCGGCGCCGAGCCCCACAAAAAGAAGCACGCGAGCGUGAAGCCAAUGGUGGUCGAGGAACAGAGGAGCGAUAG